GCGGUGGCGACGGGCAGGCGGGCACUACAGUCCGCCGCGCCCCUAUGCUGCACUGAGCACUUGCGCGCUUGGCGCACUUGUCGUCCCGCCGGGCCAGCCGGCUCUCCCCGCCCCGCCAGCUCGGGCCCUACCUGCGGCCACCGUCGGGAGAGGGGGCUCCCCCCAGCUCUGCGGAGCCGCAUGAACAAUAGGCGGCGGCGGCUCUUGCGGGCGGCGGCAGCCCCACACCCUAUGGAUCGGCCGCUCCAUGGAGCCCUCCAGAGCGCUUCUUGGCUGCCUGGCGAACGCCGCCGCUGCCGCCCCGCCAGGGGAGGAUGGAACGGGGGCCGGGGCCGAGGAGGAGGAGGAAGAGGAGGAGGAGGCGGCGGCGGCGGCCCCCGGGGAGCUGGGUUCCGACGCACCGCUGCCCUACUGGACCGCCGUGUUCGAGUACGAGGCUGCGGGCGAGGACGAGCUGACCCUGCGGCUGGGCGACGUGGUGGAGGUGCUGUCCAAGGACUCGCAGGUGUCCGGCGACGAGGGCUGGUGGACCGGGCAGCUGAACCAGCGGGUGGGCAUUUUCCCCAGCAACUACGUGACCCCGCGCAGCGCCUUCUCCGGCCGCUGCCAGCCUGGCGGCGAAGACCCCAGUUGCUACCCGCCCAUUCAGUUGUUAGAGAUUGACUUUGCGGAGCUAACCCUGGAAGAGAUCAUCGGCAUUGGGGGCUUUGGGAAGGUCUAUCGUGCUUUCUGGAUAGGUGAUGAGGUUGCAGUGAAAGCAGCUCGCCAUGACCCAGAUGAGGACAUCAGCCAAACCAUAGAGAAUGUUCGCCAAGAGGCCAAGCUUUUUGCCAUGCUGAAGCACCCCAAUAUCAUUGCCCUUAGAGGGGUGUGCCUGAAGGAACCCAACCUCUGUUUGGUCAUGGAGUUUGCUCGUGGAGGACCUUUGAAUAGAGUGUUAUCUGGGAAAAGGAUUCCCCCAGACAUCUUGGUGAAUUGGGCUGUGCAGAUCGCCAGAGGGAUGAACUACCUACAUGAUGAGGCAAUUGUCCCCAUCAUCCACCGUGACCUUAAGUCCAGCAACAUACUGAUCCUGCAGAAGGUAGAGAAUGGAGACCUGAGCAACAAGAUUCUGAAGAUCACUGAUUUUGGCCUGGCUCGGGAAUGGCAUCGGACCACUAAGAUGAGUGCAGCAGGGACAUAUGCUUGGAUGGCCCCUGAAGUUAUUCGUGCCUCCAUGUUUUCCAAAGGCAGUGAUGUAUGGAGCUAUGGGGUGCUGCUCUGGGAGCUGCUGACGGGUGAGGUGCCCUUCCGAGGCAUCGAUGGCUUAGCAGUGGCAUAUGGAGUGGCCAUGAACAAACUUGCCCUUCCUAUUCCUUCUACAUGCCCAGAACCUUUUGCCAAACUCAUGGAAGACUGCUGGAAUCCUGACCCCCAUUCACGACCAUCUUUCACAAGUAUCCUGGACCAGCUCACUACCAUAGAGGAGUCUGGUUUCUUUGAAAUGCCCAAGGACUCCUUCCACUGCCUGCAGGAUGACUGGAAACAUGAGAUUCAGGAGAUGUUUGACCAACUCAGGGCCAAAGAAAAGGAGCUCCGCACCUGGGAGGAGGAGCUAACACGGGCUGCGCUUCAGCAGAAGAACCAGGAAGAGCUGCUGAGGCGUCGAGAACAAGAGCUGGCUGAGCGGGAGAUUGACAUCCUGGAACGGGAGCUCAACAUUAUCAUCCACCAGCUGUGCCAGGAGAAGCCCCGUGUGAAGAAACGUAAGGGCAAGUUCAGGAAGAGCCGGCUGAAGCUGAAGGAUGGGAACCGAAUCAGCCUCCCUUCCGAUUUCCAGCACAAGUUCACGGUGCAGGCCUCCCCCACCAUGGAUAAAAGGAAGAGUCUUAUCAACAGCCGCUCCAGCCCUCCUGCAAGCCCUACCAUCAUUCCUCGCCUUCGAGCCAUCCAGUUGACACCAGGUGAAAGCAGCAAAACCUGGGGCCGGAGCUCUGUCAUUCCAAAAGAGGAAGGGGAGGAGGAAGAAAAGAGAGCCCCAAAGAAGAAGGGACGAACAUGGGGGCCAGGGACACUUGGACAGAAGGAGCUUGCCUCAGGAGAUGAAGGAUCCCCUCAGAAACGGGAAAAAGCUAAUGGCUUAAGUACCCCAUCAGAAUCUCCACAUUUCCAUUUGGGCCUCAAGUCCCUGGUAGAUGGAUACAAACAGUGGUCAUCCAGUGCCCCCAACCUGGGGAAGGGCCCAAGGAGUAGUCCAGCUUUGCCAGGGUUCACCAGCCUUAUGGAGAUGGAGGAUGAGGACAGUGAAGGCUCAAGGAGUGGAGAGGGUCGCCUUCAGCAUUCACCCAACCAGUCCUACCUCUGUAUCCCAUUUCCUCGUGGAGAGGAUGGGGAUGACCCCUCCAGUGAUGGAGUCCAUGAGGAGCCCACCCCAGUCAACUCAGCCACCAGUACCCCUCAGCUGACGCCAACGAACAGCCUCAAGCGUGGUAGUACCCACCACCGCCGCUGUGAGGUGGCUUUGCUUGGCUGUGGGGCUGUUUUGGCAGCCACAGGCUUAGGGUUUGACUUGCUGGAAGCUGGCAAGUGUCAGCUGCUUCCCCCAGAGGAGCCUGAGCCACCCGCCCGGGAAGAGAAGAAAAGACGCGAGGGUCUUUUUCAGAGGGCCGGCCGGCCUCGUCGGAGCACCAGCCCUCCCUCCCGAAAGCUCUUCAAGAAGGAAGAGCCCAUGCUGCUGUUGGGAGACCCCUCCACCUCCCUGACGCUGCUCUCUCUCUCCUCCAUCUCUGAAUGCAACUCCACACGCUCCCUGCUGCGCUCUGACAGUGAUGAGAUUGUGGUAUAUGAGAUGCCAGUCAGCCCAGUUGAGGCCCCACCCCUGCCCCCAUGCACCCACAACCCCCUAGUCAAUGUCCGUGUGGAGCGCUUCAAGCGAGACCCUAACCAAUCCUUGACUCCCACCCAUGUCACCCUCACGGCCCCCGCACAACCAAGUGGUCACCGGCGGACUCCUUCUGAUGGGGCCCUUAAGCCAGUGGCUGUCCAGACCAGCAGGAGCCCCUCCAGCAAUGGGUUGACCCCUAGUCCUGGAGCAGGAAUGUUGAAAACCCCCAGUCCCAGCCGAGACCCAGGUGAAUUUCCCCGUCUCCCUGACCCCAAUGUGGUCUUUCCCCCAACUCCAAGGCGUUGGAACACACAGCAGGACUCUACAUUGGAGAGACCUAAGACUCUGGAGUUUCUGCCUCGGCCACGACCUUCUGCCAAUCGGCAACGUCUGGACCCUUGGUGGUUUGUGUCCCCAAGCCAUGCCCGCAGCGCCUCCCCAGCCAACAGCUCCAGCACAGAGACACCCAGCAACCUGGACUCCUGCUUUGCUAGCAGCAGCAGCACUGUGGAAGAGCGUUCUGGACUCCCAGCCCUGCUCCCAUUUCAGGCGGGACCACUGCCCCCUGCUGAACGGACGCUUCUUGAUCUGGACGCAGAGGGGCAGAGCCAGGACAACACUGUACCUCUGUGCAGAGCUGAACUGAACACACACAGACCUACCCCUUAUGAGAUCCAGCAGGAGUUCUGGUCUUAGCAUGAGAAGGGUGAGGGGUGGGCAAGGGGGAGGCCAGAGGAGAUGGAGGGAGCUGGCUGGCACAGCCCUUUCUCAGAGUUGGGCCUCCUGGGAUCCAGCCCUACUUCUUGCACUGAAAAUGCACUUUGAAGAUAGAAGGGAUGGAAACAGGGCCACUUCAGAGAGUCUCCUGCCCUGCAGGGCUUUUCUACCCAUGUCCACUGGAGGGGCUAUGGCCAUCAGCUCUGGCUGUGUAAGGGAGGGAGGGUGCAUGCAUGUCCCCCACCCUCCAUUCUUCCUAACCUUUAGGGUGACCCUGCAGAGUCACUCAGCCAAAUCUGUCUGUUGCUCCUUCUCAGCCAGAGCUUUCCUGGUAUUCCUUUGUUAGCCCCGAGUUCCACCUUCCUACACACCAGUAUUGGAUGAUCUGUGAUUCAUUUUGCUCCUCUUUCACCUUCUCCAGCACCCAUGAAUUGGAGUCUUGUUUGGUGUAAGAUAUGAGCUAUCCCAUGUCCUAAGUCCUUUCUUGCCAGCUGGAAGACUGAGGGCAAGGUGGCCAUGUGUGGGGCAUAGUGAUUGAUAGAGCUGGCACUACCUCCCUGCACUUCCACAUGCCCCACCUAUUUACUUGAGCCCAAAGGUGGUAAGGAGAACUAGCUUCAUGGAAAUGGAAGGGAGGGAGUUAGGAAAAAUGCAGUCAAGUUGUCAUGAGUUGGGUAAUGAAGUCUGUUCUUACUUUGUUUUGUUUUGUUUUGUUUGAGAUAUACUCAGUGAAGGGCAGAAACCAGCACUCAUUAAAGGCCCCCCAUCUAUCUGCUUGGGGUCAGGACAUGGUCACACCAGGUUCUGAUCCAAACAUACUCAUCCCAGGACCAGCUUGGGGGACUCACUGGUGCCAGUUCUAAGUCAAACAGUUCCUGUGUUUGUCUCUUUUGUUGUGAAUGUUUAUGUGUUAUUCCCUCCCCUUGGUCUUCUUUCCACUUCCUGGAAUCAGUGGGCUUUAGGUCAUGUGUUUGAUUAGGAGAUAUCUUUGCAAUAUACCAGAAUAGCAUAAUGGGAUGGGUCCUGUACCUGAGGGUUAGAACUGUGAGGGAUUCCUUCUCUGCCAGGCCAUUCAUUUUGUUGACGCCCUUGAAGUAAAAUGGAGCCAUUGUUAGUACCUUAUGUAAAUGGAUGUAGUAAUAUGAUGCUGUUUAUAAGGUGCUCAGCAAGCCACUAAUGUACAGUAGCCUUGAAGUCCUAAGCACUGGACACUGAUCGUACCAGUCUUUGUGCACAGAUAGCCCUUGUGCUGGCCUCUGCACGAUGAGCUAGGUAGGAACGACAACAGAGACAGUUGCUGACUUGUCUGGUAUUUGUUUCCUGAACUUAAAUGUUGAGCUUUGUCUAAAACCUUUUCACAUAUUUCUUCACUGUCCACUUACUCUGAGGGCUCCUGUGUUGUGUGUGAACCAUGAUCUUCAUGUGGCAAUAAUAGCUUGUUUGGGAGUACAAUCCUCAGAUCAUGCUCCUCUUCACCCAAGACUGUGCUGCUCCAUGGUCCUUUAGCAUGGUAUUCCAUUCUGUGGUGAUGUUAGAGGUGAAUCUGCAGUUCCUCAUGCUUGCUGCCUGGAUGCCUGAAGGGGAGAGGUACAGCUGGCAUAAGUGAUGAAUUUGGGCAAUGCUCUUUUCCCUGUAACUGUGAUAGAAGUCCUGUCCUGGGAAAAAUUAAAGAGGUAACCUUGGUCAUCACACUGUUCUUUGCUUUAUGAGUCCAUUUGCUCUUUGGCUCAAGGGUUCCAACAAGCCUUGGACUGGUGGUAUUGCCCAGGGUUUUGUUAUUGCAUCUCAUCUUAUCUCUCAUCUCUGGUUCAGUGAAGUCAGAAAGUAAGUGAUUGAUUACUUUUGUCCUGAUGUUCCUACCUCCUCUGCUAGGAGAGGGAAAAAACGUGAAUUCUCUCAGCAGUUCUAAUCAACCCAGUGAGGAGACUUCAUUCUUGAUGGGGGGAAGAACAAAUAUUCUGUUCUGUGCUCUUUGUCUGGGCCUUCCAAAACCCAUGUCC